AUGGUCAUACCUGCUAUGGAUCACAUCGAUGAGACUCUCGCCACAGCUACCUGGAAUAAGAACCUCUCACCUUCCAUUCAUGCUGCACUUGCCAUUGGAAAGCGAACCCUCAACCGAUACUACAAUAAGACCAACCACUCAGAAGUGUACCAUAUCGCAAUGGUUCUCCACCCUUGCCACAAGCUCGUCUAUUUCAAGAAUGCAGGUUGGCAGGAUGAAUGGAUUGAGGCAGCACGUAGUAUCGUUUGGGAUGAGUAUGAUCGUACUUAUGUGUUCAUGGACACUGGGAUCGAGUCAACGUCAGGAGCACCUAUUGCACAGACGACCUUGCAAUCUCUCAACAUCUUUGACAACUUGCCUUCUCUGGCAGCUCCCACCCCUUGUGAACUCCGAGACGAGCUUGAACGUUAUCUCAGCACCGACCCUGAGUUUGUUACGGACCCUCUUUCAUGGUGGUACAAGAGACGCACUGCCUAUCCACACCUCCAUCGUAUGGCUCUUGAUUAUCUCUCUAUUCCAGCUACUUCUGUGGAUGUUGAGAGAUCCACUUGUGCUCUCAUCUGUCUUGGUUACUGGAGCCUCCUCAGUUAUGUUAACGAUGCAGAUGUAAAAGCCGCCACUAUUCUCCCAGAGAUUCAGGAGGGUGAAGAGGAAGAUUUACCAAUUGGGUGGGAUGCCAUUCAUCACAAGUAG